GGUUUAUCUUUAUAGUGAAGGGUUGCAGGGUCUUCGAGCCAUCUAAAACGAAUUUCUGGAACUCAAAUAAUUUCUCUAGAAUUGAUGGUUUUGUCGUGUCAAAAUUUCUCCGAGAAUCUUUCUCAAUUUUCCACACGGUCGGGGAUGAGCUCGUAUCAUCUACCUAUGCGACCCUCCGUACCGACCCGAGCAGAUGAAAUUCAUAAUAAUGCAGAGGGAGCCGCUUACAUGGACCACUUUCUAAAUAUCCCAGAUAUAUGUCCCCCGGGGUCAGACUACAGAUCCCGGGGGUACUACAUGGGAUCAUACCCAGAGGCUUGCCGAAUGGAGGCAUUGCAAUCACAUCAUCGCAAUCAUGACUUUUCAAGAAUGGGUUUGGCGGGUGCCAGGACCUCUUAUUUCCAAAAUAUGAACCUUCCUGGUAGCCUCCGAUUCCGGGAGAAUGUGUCGGAGGGAAUUGUCAACAAUGCAUCGUCUAAUAACAAGAAUGAGCCCAUUAGUCCGUGCUCUACAGGGACCCCAACAACGGGAGAAGGGGACACCCCUCCCUCAUUUUAUCCCUGGAUGUCAAUUGUUGGUCCAAACUCCAAUCAACGCCGCAGAGGACGACAGACCUACACCCGAUUUCAGACCCUAGAACUCGAGAAGGAAUUCAAAUUCAAUAGAUAUCUCACUAGAAGGAGAAGAAUAGAACUAUCUCAUAUGUUGUGUUUGACGGAAAGACAAAUCAAAAUUUGGUUUCAAAAUAGACGAAUGAAGGAGAAAAAAGAACUUCAAGCCAUAAAGGAAUUGAAUGAACAAAGUCGUGUGCCGGAACCUAAAACCAGAGUGACCCCAGAUCCGCCCUCGCCUAGCGAAACCAGCAAGAGUUGACAUAAGUUAUGUGUUCCUAUUAAGGGUAGCUACCUCUCCUAUAUCAUUGUGUGUUAAAAUGGUCCGCGAGUUUUAAAAUGCAAGCAAACUUUAUGAAGGAAUAUGGCAGCGAUAUUCUAAAAACUCCCAACAGAAAAGGACAACUUGGAGAAAUAAAUAAGAAGGUAUUAAAAUGAACUAAGAUGACUUUUGAUGAAAGUUAAAAUGUGAGUAUUUUUCAAUCCCGCUUUUAAAACGAGAAAAAGUCGAAAGACAACAAAAUUAUCCAGUCUUAACGAGAAGGAGAUUUACAAGCUAUGACGUCAUUUUUUUUUUAAAUUUUAUCUGUUUAGUUACAUUUAUGUACAUGUAUUAUAUAUUCGGAUAUAUAUUUAAUAUAUCAUUUGCCCCAGUUCAUAGUGUCCUACAUGUGCUGUUUACAAUAAUUUUAGUUUUUUUUUAUUAGAGAUACAUGAUGGGUAAAAUCUUUUCUGUUUUAUAAUUUACAUACAUUUAUAUAUUACAUAUUCGGAUGUAUAUUUCUUAUAUCAACAUGUUUUGUCUUCUCAAGUGUAUUGUUAAAUGUAAGCGUUUAUUUCUGAAUGAUAAAUGGGUAAUUUACAGUUAAUAUACAAAAUUUACGAGUACAAUUAUAUAAGAAAUACUAUACAAUUGUUGACUUUUUGACGAGGUCUGCUCGUGUCUAUACGGACCUGGUCAGGUAUUGGUUGACCUAGUCCAGAGGCCGAGGUUAACCAAUACCUGACCAUGUUCGUAUAGUCACGAGAAGACCGAAUUUAAAAGUCAUUGACCAUUUUAUUAAAUGAUCAGGAAUUUUACAUUUCGGACACUUUAGGUCUUGUAACUAGCAAGUGCAAGCACUCAAAAUAUAGUGUCAAAAAACUCAUUUUGAUUAUAUUUUAACAGCCUGUUUAAAAGUUAAAAAAAUAUUUAUUAAUUUAUACACAACUAUUUAAAAAAAGGAGUUUUGCCCUUUCGUUACUGGCGUCUCCCAUGUUUACAUGACAAGGAGCUUACUGUGGUGUGACCGGUCGGCCGGGGAUUCUCACUUCUUCAUGGCACACGAUCCCAUCUCCUAUGAGUAGUUUGGUGGUCCGUGUUUGCUUCGUUCCUAUUUUGUAAUGUAUAAUGGACUCUUGGGCUCAAAUACUUGUUAUCUUCAUAUAUUUCACAUCGACAAAAACUUUGUAGCGCGCAAUUUGAUUGGUGGACAAAUGUAAACAAAAAUCCAAGUUUGAUAAAGAGGGAAAUCCCGAUUAAACCUCCGGGAACUUCGUUUGAGGUGAACUCUUAUGUAUACAGGUCAGGAAAAGGGCGUCAAGACCAUUAUAAUCAGAGAGCAUCAAAAUUCCUGAUCAUUUAAUGAUGAACACAUAGAUGUCUGGUCAAAUUUAUUACACAUACCUCUAGAUUUACGCCAAAAAUUUGUUUUUGUUGAAUAGGCAUUCAGUAUACACAUACUUUUUUUCUUAGAACAUUCAUGUAGUUGAUAAUUUUAUAGGAUAAUUUUAUUAGUUCAGUUUCACCUGUAAGUAACCUAUGCAAAAUGGCGAUGGUUUUUUACAUGAAAGACAACACAAUUAUCACUGAUUUGUGAGUUGCUUUAACCAGACAGUUUUAAUGAUAGUUUGGUUAAUUAUAGUCUAUUGCCUUUGGUUUGGUUCGACCAAGACAAAGUCAUAUAAGGUCUGGUCACUUGACCAAAUUACUGGAAAUGUGUCUAUCUUCUGGACAGCAUUGACAGACGAUAAAUUAUUAUUAUAAUGAUACAGCAUAUCUUUCAUUAAUAACAAAUAUAUCGACAGUUGUGUGAUUCCAGACGUUUUUAUCGACUGUAAAAAUCACGAUAUUUCAGAUUAUUUCCUCAUUAUAUCAAUUUUAUAAUAUAUUGACUAUCAUUGCUUUUUACCCCUCUUUUCAUUCUGCAAAAAUUGCUCAUAUAUAUGUUUAUUUUCUUUUCUUUUCUUUUUUUUACAAUGCCUUAUAUAUGUGAACGAGAAUUUGCAAAAAAAACGAGAACUAUUUCGAGCCAUUAUUAUGUUAUGAUUAUAUAUGUUACAAGUCUUGAUGUUGUAUGAAAGAAAUAUGUUUUAUGUGACAUAAACUAUGUGCUUGUGUCAAAAUAUUGGCACAGUCAGAACGAGAACUGCAAUAAAAUGUUGUUAUAAUUUAAA